ACUCGCCCCCGGGUCUCUGGACCUUCUUGUUGGAAGCCUCGCCUAUGCACUGCGACCGGGCAGGAUUGCGCGCUGAGAAACUCACCGGCAAUAGUAAUCGGAAACAUCAUGAUACCAUGAUUGUGGAUCGCGAAUGAUGCGCCGUUAUAUGCGCGUUGCGGCAGCAAAGGACUUGCCGUGCAGGUUUGUCGGUCGUUGUUGAUGAGUCACCAUAGAUGGCUCUGUCAUGAGAGUGACUGUGAUCACCAGAGAUGUCCUCUCAUAACAUGCGUGUGGAUAGGCAUUUCAACUUCGAACAGCGGCAGGAUAAUGGAUUUUCAUUUUGGUCCGCCGUCAUCUCAGAGACCGUCAAAACCUGCUACCUAGGCCUCAAACAAGCAUCAUGAGCAACCAUGAAUCCCUCUCCGAACCAAUCGUCUCUUCCAACCAUGGAGGAACGCAAAGAAAUGUUCAAGUUCAGCCGCGGAGAUUUCUUGGGCGCUAUUCGUGGCGAAAAGGUACCGCAGGCCUUGGGUGCGGGCGUCAUUGAGACUUGUCUGGUUCGAGGCAUACGGCAUCAGACCUCAAUCGCUCUCACCGAGCAAUAUGCCAAGGAGCUCCAUCGAGCCGACCCUAUGUACAUGCGCGCUGUCAAUGCUCGAAGGAUCAUGAGUAAUCGUAUCGAUUUGUUGCCACCAAGCUUCGCCUCCGACGAGAUACCCUAUUGUAUCUGGUAUCCUGAUCUCGCGGAAGAGUCGACAUACCGAGCAUUGGCCGUUCGAUACCCAGAGUUGAGAUAUCAAGUCGCUCGAGCUUGCGCAGUAGCUCAUUAUAACGAUCUAUAUCGCGAACUGGACAUUUUGCCUGAAGUCCAUGUUGGAGAGGAGGCCCGAGAAAGUGGAGUUGCCGAAGAGGGAACAGAAUGGGAACCUCGUGAUGUGCCCGAGCUGGCGACGCUGCUCUCGGAGCCUCUCCCGAAACACUUGCCGAUCAUCGAAAAGGACCUCCUCAUCCAGAUGGCGGCUUAUCACGGGAAUGUCGAGCGAUACUCCCGCCUUCGCCGCCCUCGGAAAAUCAGGGGUGAAACCGCGUGCCUGCUGCAUGGGAUCCUCCACCACGCCCAAUUUGCUCGUUGGGUCGUCAAGCAACCCGAUUUGUAUGAAGGCGGACAUGUGCCUCCCGCAUGUCACGCCCGGCUCAUUAUGAAAAACAUCCUCUCCUCAGUCAACACUCCCACCAUCCGUCAGGACGAGUUACCGUAUCAGAUCUGGUAUCCGGAUCUCGCCGCAGAAUCCACAUACCGGGCAUUGUACGACCUUCACCCGUGCAUGGCAUCUCAGAUCCUCCGAGCGUGCAUCGUCGGCCAGUAUUAUCCACUCUUCGAACAUGUGCUAUCUCGGACCUCCCCGGACGAAGCGGUCUUAUACGAAGCCAAGCGCCACUUCGAUCUCUAUUUCCACGCACGAGUCGCCCAGCGCAUCGCCGAUGUCGGCGGCGAAGUCGUCCGAGUCGCGAAUUGGAAGAGAUCGCCGCCGCGGCUGUGGAAGGUCAACGAUGCGUGGGUACCACACCGGAUGGAGCGGGAGAUCGGUACGGGAUGGGACGCCUGUAAUUCAAGUAUGCACUGCACCACCCGCGACCUCGACUUCAUGACCUGCGUGCCGGAAGAGUGGAAGCGCAACAUGGACGGGGGCCAGGAUGCGGACUUGCACAUCGAUUACGUCAAUUGGCCUCCCGGAUGGACGGCGAUGACCACCACGCCCCGAACGCAGUAG